AUGGAGAAUGGCUUGACUGCUCUGUGCAGCCCCAGGCCUCAUGCUCAGGGGAGCAUUCACUGCCGAGGAAUGCAGCAAGGGAAUCGGGGAGGCGUCUCCUCCAAACAGGACCCCGUCUUCGAGCAGAGGACAGGUCCGCUGAGCGCCGCGGGACAGGGCAUGGGGGCGUCACACGGAGCCUCAGCCCGCUUCCAUCAAGGCCCCGCCCCCGGCAUCCCACUCCGACUCCCGCGGCCCCCCGCAGCUCCCGCCCGCACCCAGCCCCGCUCCCUUCCCCCCGCGCGCGUGCGCCCGGUCCCCGCACACCUCCCCCGCCGCAGCUGCGGGCGCGCGCGCGUGCCCGUCGUCCCAGGCAGGAGCUGGAGACAGCCGGCCGGCUGCGGGCCAGAGAGCGGGCGCCGGGAGCGCCGAGAGCGGGGCCCGGAGAGGCGGGAGAGCGGGCGCGGGCCUGGCCGCGGGCGGGGGCCGCCGCCGCGCCGCCGCCCCCCGCUGUCGGCGGGCCGGACCGCGGCGCCGAGCUCAAAGGCUGGGCUCCCGGGACUGGCGGCCAUGGGCGGGAGCCGGAGGCGGCAGCGGCAGCGGCAGCGGCGGACCCCGCAGGCGGGAGGCGCGCGGCCCACGGCCCCUGACGGCCCUGGCGGCCAGGCGCGCCCCCGCGCCUCCUGGGGGGCCGUAGCCAGGCAACGCCCCGCGCGCCCGCCCAUCCCCCGCUGCCCUUUUUUUCCUGGCCGGGCGCGAGGGAGCAUGCCCGGGCCUGGCCUUGGCCAGCGAAGAGUUAAGCCGAGGGGCGUGGAGCGGCCCCUCCUUUGGGGGCGUGCCCCCCUCCCCUGCUAG